AUGGCCACGCGUCGCCUGCGCCGAGGCUUCACCCCCGCCCGCCCGGCGCCCAUCCGCCACGCCUGGCCGUGCGCUGCACCCGCCUGCGCUGCGACGCGCCUGGGGCCCAUCCACCCGGCCGCCGCCUGGGGGUCGGGGCUGCCCCUGGCCGCGCGCCCGUCCACCCGGCCUCUGCGCCGGCCGUGCCACGCCGUGGCCGCCCCUGGCCGCGCGCCCCUCCACCCGGCCUCUGCGCCGGCCGCGACAGGCCGUGGCCGCCCCUGGCCGCGCCCACCCGGGUCGGGACUGCCCCUGGCCGCGCGCCCGUCCACCCGGCCUCCGCGCCGCGCCGCGCCCCAGGCCAUGGCCUCCGUGCUGCCUGACCAGCGCCCUGUGCCCGGCCUCUGCGCCGCGCCACGCCCCAGGCCACGGCCUCCGCCCGGCCGUGUGCCAUGCCGCACCGCGUGCCCGUCCGCCGCCCGCGGCGCACUAGCGUCUUCUAGCGCUACGACAGCACGAAUACGUGCGGCAGUGCCCUCCCAUCGGCAGCGAACGGUGGUGCGUAGCAUGGCGGCGUGA